UCUAAUCGUAUUAUCAAUUCGUGAAGAAUAGUCGAUGGAAGAGGAUCACUUUUUUUGAUGGUGAAAUUUCGAAAAUGAAACUAGAACACAUUACAAGGGGAUUGAUACAGAAACGAUUAGUUUACCGAAGGAAGAUAUCGUUAACUUCUUUCGCUUUAGGAUUCUUGUUUGCCACAACUUAUUUGACGAUUGACAUCGAUACACAAUCGAUUAAUCCAGAGACUAGUUCGAAUCCGAAUCCAGAAAUAGAAUGGACGAUUUAUGAUCUGAUUGGUCGUAUAGUUAACGGAUCGAAAGCAACUUUGAGACAAUUUCCUUAUCAGGUAUCCUUGAGAGAAACUCACAGCAAUGUACAUUUUUGCGGAGGAUCGUUGAUACACGAAAAAUACGUUCUCACAGCUGCCCAUUGUAUGUUCGAUAAAAAUGUACAAAUACAACCGUGGAUGAUCACUAUAGUUGCCGGUGAACUUCGACUCUGGCAGCCAACCUCGACUGGUCAGAGAAGGGGCGUGGAAAAGAUCCACGUUCAUCCAAAUUUCAAUAGAGAGACGUUAGAGAACGACAUAACUAUCCUCACUCUCAAAAUAUCGUUCAAUUUGACACCUGAAGUGAACAUAGCCCCUUUGCCGGAUCAUACCGCUAUUCCAACGACGAUCUGUCAGGUGGCAGGAUGGGGUUAUCCAAGCGAAAAUGAUCAUGUGACGAGCGAGGAUCUUAUGUUCGUGGAUUUACCACUGAUGAGCCGUGACUUGUGCAAGAAACUUUUGGAGAACAUAACAGACUUCCCGCCAGGGAUGAUUUGCGCUGGAUACAUGGAGGGUCAAAAAGACUCUUGCCAAGGUGAUUCUGGAGGCGGUAUGAUGUGUAACGGCGAGUUAACCGGUGUAGUUUCCGGUGGAAACGGUUGCGCCCGUCCACGUACCCCUGGCGUUUACGCGGAUGUUUAUUUCUACAUCAAUUGGAUCGCGGAAGUCACGGACGAAGAGUUCUUUAAAAAAAAGAUGAUAACUAAAGAUGAGUCAGGCACGGAACAGAAAAUAUUAUGGGAAUAAAAUUGGAUCAUACCGACGUAAAAAGUAUAUCCGGCGUAUCACCACUAUGUCCAGACUAUUUUGAAAUUUUCUGUUUUUUAAAAUCUGAUGUGAUUUUCUUUGUCUUCUCCCUUUUUUCCCUUUUUCUUACGUUUUUUUUUUACGUAUUUUCUUUAUUUACAUUUUCAUUUACACAUUUGUGUAAUUAUUAUUAUUUUCUGAUAAGUAUGGAAAAACAUCUCUAAGUUGAAAUAAAAUAUAAUUAUAAUUAGAAUAGAAAAAAAUAUAAUUUUUUUUAAUUAAGUUAAUUUUUGUAUUAUAAAUUAUUAUUAUGUAUCACAUGUGUUAUUUUUUAUAAUUAUAAAUUUAUUUUUUUGAAAAUCAA